CUGACUCUUCAUCUCCAGUGUCGUCUCUGGCGCGUGUGUUGUGCUGUGAAGAGCGGCGGUGCGCGUGUGCCAGGCUGGGGAUUCUGGAGGAGAGCCGCUCCGUUUCUGCGCACCGGGGGCUCCGCCGGACCAACGCCGAAUAACGGCGCACGACAACCGGGCGGCGGUGGAGGGGGAGACUGGACCGGGACCGGGGACCAGGACCAGGACAAGGACCAGGAGAAGCACCGUGGCUAUACUCACAGCCCGCUCUCCCCAAAAAACAUGUCGGAGUUUUUCCUACUCGCCUUUCUAGUCCUUUUCCCGGGAUUAUUUCCGCGCGCCGAACCCUCGAAGGUGUCGGACGGGGAGAGAGACUCCAUCUUGUGCGACGUAGGCGAGUUUCACUGUCACAACCAUGAAACCUGCAUCCCCGAGGCCUGGCUCUGCGAUGGCGAGCCCGACUGCCCCGAUGACUCAGACGAAAGCGAUCAUGUUUGUGCUCGGGAGCUGGUCAUCAGAUGUCCUUUGAACCACAUACAGUGCAUCGGGACAAAAAAAUGUAUACAUUUCAACAAGCUCUGCAAUGGGGCGAGAGACUGUGCGGAUGGAUAUGAUGAAGGAGUUCACUGUCGAGAACUGCUGUCAGCCUGCCACGAGCUCCGGUGCCGCUACGGCUGCGUCAUGACAAGAAACGGCACUUUCUGCUUUUGCGCCGACGGCUUUGAGGUCGGCGAUGACGGAACGAGCUGCAGAGAUCAUGAUGAAUGUGCCAUGUAUGGUGCAUGCAGCCAAACCUGCACGAACACCUAUGGGUCAUACAGAUGCAGCUGCACAGAAGGAUACAUCCUGCAGCCUGACAGGAGCUCUUGCAAAGCCAAACAAGAUCCUGGUGACGUCCGUCCAGUCCUUCUCAUCGGUGGGCCGGACCGUAUUGUCAUCACCCACCUAAAUGGGACAGGCCUUCAGCCCCUGAGGUCUCUAAGUGUAAAUGGAACACUGGCUUUGGAUUUCCAGCACAGCCAGGAAAGUGUAUGUUGGGUCCUUUCCACGCAGUCCUCUGGGCAACUCCGCUGUGCUGUAACGAGGAAUCUGCGUGGAUUCACCCGGGAGCAGGAAAUAAGAACACAACAGAGUUUACAACAUGUGGAGCAGAUGGCUAUCGACUGGCUGACGGGAAACAUUUAUUUUGUUGACCGUGUCACCGACAAAAUUUUUGCUUGCAACAGUGAUGGGACCACAUGUGUUACCAUCGUACAACUCGACCUGGUGAAUCCUAAAGGAAUAGCCGUGGAUCCUCUCAUGGGAAUGCUGUUCUUCACCGACUAUGGGAAUAUGGCCAAAGUUGAGCGUUGCAACAUGGAUGGCAGCAACCGGACCCGACUGGUGGAUUAUAAAAUCGAGCAGCCCACAGCUGUGGCAUUGGAUGUGGUCAAGAAGAUGGUGUAUUGGGCGGAUGCCUAUCUGGAUUACAUCGAUGUGGUGGAUUACCAUGGGAGGAACAGGCACACCAUUAUCCAUGGGAGCCAAGUGUCGUACAUAUAUGCAUUAGCUCUGUUUGAGGACUACCUCUAUGCUAUCCACUCUGACCCUUCCAAAGGGAGUUCCACUGUGGAGCUGCUCCAAGUGCACAGGUUCAACAUCACAGCGGAGAGCAGGGCACUGGCCACCCUGGAAAAUUCUAAAUCACUACGUGUUUACCACAAACUUGCUCAGCCAAAAGUCAGGAACCAUGCAUGUGAAAUGGAUUCAUAUGGAAAGCCAGGAGGAUGUUCCCACAUUUGCCUUCUGAGUGGCAGUUACAAGUCCAGAUCCUGCCGCUGUCGUUCCGGCUAUAGUCUCGGCUUUGACAGAAAGUCCUGUAAAAGGCCCAAAAACAAUUUGUUCCUGUUCUACGGUAAGGGGCGUCCAGGGGUCAUCCGAGGCCUGGAUAUGAACAUUAAGUCCAGUGAUGAGCACAUGGUGCCCAUUGAGGACCUGGUCAACCCACGAGCCAUUGACUACCACUCCGAAUUAGGACACAUCUACUUUGCUGACACCACCAGUUUCCUUAUUGGACGUCAAAAUAUAGAUGGCAGUGGCCGAGAGACAGUACUCAACGAUGAGCUUGACAAUGUGGAAGGAAUCUCAGUGGACUGGAUUGGGAAUAAUUUAUAUUGGACCAAUGAUGGAUACAGGAAGACUAUCAGUGUUGCCAGGCUGGAAACAGCCUCUCAAACAAGGAAGACCCUACUGGAAGGAAAUAUGUCUCAUCCCCGUGCCAUUGUGGUUGAUCCUCUCAACAGCUGGAUGUACUGGACAGACUGGGAGGAGGAUGAGGUCAAUGACAGCAUAGGCCGGAUAGAGAAGGCCUGGAUGGAUGGAUCCAACCGUCGCAUUUUUGUCACCUCCAAUAUGCUGUGGCCGAAUGGUCUGACGCUGGACCACAGCACCGGCACGAUGUACUGGUGCGAUGCCUACUACGAUCACAUCGAGAGGAUCCAUCUGAAUGGAACAGGAAGAAUGGUGGUGUACAGAGGAAAAGAGCUGAACCAUCCUUUUGGAAUCUCUCAUUAUCAUAAUUUCAUCUUUUGGACGGAAUACAUGAAUGCCUCGGUAUUCCAGCUGGACCUGUCCACGGGCGAUGUCACUCUGCUGCGGAGCGAGAGACCACCGCUAUUUGGCCUGCGUGUCUAUGAUGCACAGAGUCAGCAAGGAGAGAAUGCGUGUAGCGUGAACUAUGGAGGCUGUGAAACCCUCUGUCUCGCCAUCCCUGGAGGCAGAAUAUGUGCCUGUGCUGACGACCAGGUUUUGGAGAAGAACAAUGUCACCUGUUCAGGUUCCACAGGGAGUUCAGAGGCACCUCGAUGCAAAAGUGAUGAGUUCCAGUGCCAUAAUCAUCGCUGCAUACGGGCCUUGUGGAAGUGUGACGGAGACGAUGAUUGUCUGGAUGGGAGCGAUGAGGAGAGCCACAGCUGCUACAACCACACCUGUCCGGCUGAUCAUUUCAAAUGUAGCAACAAUCGCUGCAUUCCCAAAAGAUGGCUUUGUGAUGGAGCAAAUGAUUGUGGCAGCAAUGACGAUGAGUCCAACGCCACAUGCUCAGCUCGGCCCUGUCAAGCAGAGCAGUUCUCGUGCCAGAAUGGACGGUGCAUACCCCGAGGCUGGCACUGUGACCGCGAGGAUGACUGCGGGGAUACGUCUGAUGAAAUGUCAUGCACCUUUCCUACCUGUGAGCCACUCACCCAGUUCAGCUGCUCCAGUGGACGAUGCAUCAGCAUCAAAUGGCAUUGCGAUUCAGACGACGACUGUGGCGAUGGCAGUGAUGAAGUGGGCUGCGUCCAGACCUGUUCCAACAAUCAGUUCCAGUGUAGCAGUGGGCGUUGCAUCCCAGACCACUGGGCCUGUGAUGGGGACAAUGACUGCGGCGAUUUCAGUGAUGAGAACACAACCUGCCGAGGCGGAUCUGUUUUGCUGCCAUCUGAGAUUGAGUGCAGCGGUGAAGAAUUCCACUGUGUCACAGAUGGCACCUGCAUACCAGAACGCUGGAGAUGUGAUGGAGACAAAGACUGUGAGGAUGGAAGUGAUGAGAAGGACUGUCAGGGCACCAGAAGGAUGUGUGAUCCCAAAGCCAAAUUUACCUGCAAAGAUACGGGCAAGUGUAUCACAAAAAGUUGGGUUUGUGACGGAGACAUUGACUGUGAGGACCGAUCAGAUGAAGAGUCAUGUGAGUCUGCUGUCUGCAAGCCGCCGAAAUACCCCUGUGCCAACGACACGUCUGUCUGCCUCACGCCCGAUAAGAUCUGCAAUGGCAAAGUGGACUGUGCUGACCGCUCCGACGAAGGACCCAUCUGUGACUUGUGCCUUGUAGCCAGAGGUGGUUGCAGUCACCAGUGCACUGUAGCACCAGGCAAAGGAGUCGUAUGCUCCUGCCCCCCCGGACUUCACUUGGACUCCAGCAACAAGACGUGUGAGGUGGUGGACUACUGCAGCCGUCAUCUGAAGUGCAGCCAGGUGUGCGAGCAGUACAAGACCACUGUGAAGUGCUCCUGUUAUCCAGGAUGGACGCUAGACUCAGACGGAGACAGCUGUCACAGUACCGAUCCCUUUGAGGCUUUCAUCAUUUUCUCCAUCCGACAUGAGAUAAGAAGAAUAGACCUUCAUAAGAGAGACUACAACCUGCUGGUGCCAGGACUCAGGAACACCAUUGCAUUAGACUUCCACUUUAACCACAGUCUCCUUUACUGGACCGACGUUGUGGAAGAUAAGAUCUACAGAGGACGGCUCUCUGAGUCUGGCGGGGUGACGGGAAUUGAAGUGGUUGUGCAGCAUGGCCUGGCCACCCCGGAAGGGCUGGCUGUGGACUGGAUAACGGGCAAACUGUACUGGAUUGACAGCAAUUUGGACCAAAUUGAGGUGGCCAAGCUUAAUGGAGACAUGCGCACUACACUGAUUGCAGGAGGCAUGGAACAUCCACGGGCCAUUGCUCUCGACCCAGGACAGGGGAUUCUCUUCUGGACUGACUGGGAUGCUACUUUCCCAAGAAUUGAGGCCGCUUCAAUGAGUGGUGGCGGCAGACAUAUUGUGUUUAAGGAUAUGGAAAUUGGGGCCUGGCCCAAUGGCCUCACGUUGGAUCAUUUAGAGAAAAGGAUUGUUUGGACAGAUGCACGCUCCGAUGCAAUUUUCUCCGCACUCUAUGAUGGUAGCGGGGUCAUCGAGAUUCUCAGGGGCCACGAAUACCUGUCCCACCCCUUCGCUGUGUCACUCUUUGGAGGCAACGUCUACUGGACAGACUGGAGGACAAACACCCUGGCGAGAGCCAACAAGUGGACGGGGCAAAACGUCACAGUCAUCCAGAAGACGAGUGCUCAGCCUUUCGACUUGCAAAUCUUCCAUCCAAGCAGGCAACCACAGGCCUCCAACCCGUGCGAUAUGAAUGAUGGACGUGGUCCCUGUUCGCAUCUGUGUCUCAUCAAUUACAAUCGCACUGCGUCCUGCACCUGUCCACACCUCAUGAAGCUUUCAACCAACAAACAAUCCUGCUUUGCAUUGAAAAGGUUCCUGCUGUAUGUGCGCCGCUCUGAAAUCCGUGGCGUGGACAUUGAGAACCCAUACAUGAACGUAAUGACGGCACUGACCGUGCCGGACAUUGAUGAUGUCACCGUGGUGGAUUAUGACUCUCAGGAAGAGCGGAUUUACUGGGCUGACAUCAAAACUCAAACUAUCAAACGGGCAUUCAUCAAUGGCACCCAGAUAGAGACCAUUAUUUUUUCAGACAUAGUGAACUGUCGGGGUCUGGCUUUAGACUGGCUCUCUAAGAACUUAUACUGGCUCAGUUCUGAAAAUGAUGAGUCACAAAUCAAUGUUGCUCGCUUUGAUGGAUCCCUGAAGACGUCCAUCAUCCACGGCAUUGAUAAGCCAAGGUGCCUUGUAGUGCACCCUGCCAAGGGGAAAAUCUAUUGGACUGAUGGUAACACCAUAAACAUGGCCAACAUGGACGGAAGUAACAGCAAAGUCCUCCACCAGAACCAGAGGGAUCCUGUAGGUCUCUGUAUAGACUAUGCUUCCAACAAGCUUUACUGGAUAAGCUCAGCCAAUGGCACAAUCAACAGGUGCAAUCUGGACGGCAGCGGAAUGGAGGUGCUGGAAACUGUGAGGAGGGAACUAGCCAAAGGCACGGCUCUCGCUGUGAUGGGCGGCAAACUCUGGUGGGCAGACGACGAAUCCGCACAGAUAGGAACGGUCACCAAGAGAGACGGAAGGAAUUUUUUGGUUCUGAGAAACAAGACAAGCGGGGUGGUUCAUAUGAAGGUUUACGACCGGGAGGGUCAGAAAGGAAGAAACCUGUGCCAGGUAAACAAUGGAGGAUGUUCACAGCUCUGUCUCCCAACAUCAGAAAGCACCCGCAGCUGCUCCUGCACCGUUGGCUAUAACCUGCGCAGUGAUCGUACAUCAUGUGAAGGUGUUGAUUCAUUCCUGAUAUAUUCCAUCCAUGAGGGAAUCCGAGGAAUUUCUCUUGACCCAAAUGACAACAGUGAGACCCUCAUGCCCAUCACAGGAACCCUGUUUGCUGUGGGGGUGGACUUUCACGCAGGAAAUGACACAGUGUACUGGACAGACAUGGGGCUGAACAGGAUAUCCCGGGCCAAACGGGAUCAGACCUGGAGGGAAGACAUCAUUACUACAGGCAUCAGUCGAGUGGAAGGCAUAGCUGUUGACUGGAUUGCCGGAAACCUGUAUUGGACAGACCAUGGUUUCAAUCUGAUAGAGAUCUCUCGUCUGGAUGGAGCAUAUCGCUCAGUGGUCAUAUCAGAGGGACUAGAUCAGCCUCGAGCCAUUGCUGUACAUCCACAAAAGGGAUAUCUCUUCUGGACUGAGUGGGGGAAUAAUCCCUGCAUUGGCCGUUCUCGUUUGGAUGGAUCAGACCAAGUUACCCUGGUUAACUCGGGCAUUGUGUGGCCGAAUGGAAUCUCCAUAGACUAUGAGGAAAAUACAUUAUAUUGGUGCGACGCACGGACUGAUAAGAUCGAAAGGAUCAACCUUGAAACAGGUGAGAGCCGGGAGAUUGUACUGUCAGCGGCCAACGUAGACCUGUUCUCAGUGGCUGUGUUUGGACCUUACAUCUACUGGUCUGACAGGGCCCACUCCAAUGGUUCCAUCCGACGGGCUUUAAAGACCGACACCAGCGAGGCUGCAACCAUGAGAAGUGGCCUGGGAGUCAAUUUAAAGGAUGUGACAGUCUUUAAUAGAGGUAGAGAAAAAGGUACCAACCCCUGCGCCAGGAAUAAUGGAGGCUGCCAGCAGCUUUGCUUUCACCUGGGCAGCGGGCGCCGGACCUGCUCCUGCGCCCACGGCCGCCUGGCAGACGACGGCUUUGCCUGCAAGCGCUACGAAGGUUAUCUGCUCUACUCGGAAAGGACUAUACUGAAAAGCAUCCACCUUUCAGAUGAAAAUGACCUCAAUUCACCCAUUCAGCCUUUUGAAAACCCUACUUUUUUCAAGAAUGUCAUAGCGCUGGCCUUUGACUAUAGUCAGAGCACAGCUGAGACCAACCGCAUAUUCUUCAGCGACGUCCAUUUUGGAAAUAUCCAAAUGAUUAAUGACGACUGGACGGGAAGAGCUAUCAUUGCAGAGAAUGUGGGCUCUGUGGAGGGACUGGCAUACCACCGGGCUUGGGAUACCUUGUACUGGACCACCUCCACUACAUCUACCAUCACCAGACAAACUGUGGACCAGGAACGAGUCGGUGCUCUCAGCAGACAGGCUGUGGUCACUCUCUCAGAAGAAGACCACCCACAUGCGCUGACCCUUGAUGAGUGUCAAAACCUGAUGUUCUGGACGAACUGGAAUGAGCAGAGGCCAAGUAUCAUGAGAUCCACCUUAGCUGGCAAGAACAUGAGGAUUGUCAUCAGUUCUGACAUUUUGACUCCCAAUGGACUGACAAUUGAUCACAGAGCAGAGAAGCUCUAUUUUUCAGAUGGAAGCCUUGGGAAGAUUGAACGAUGUGACUUCGAUGGCUCCAGCAGAUAUGUCAUCGUUAAAUCAGGACCUGGAAACUUUUAUGGGCUCGCCCUCUACGCAGAUUUUAUCUACUGGUCGGAUUGGGCCCGCAGAGCCGUGCUACGAACAAACAAGUACACAGGUGGUGACACCAAGGUGCUUCGAGCAGAUAUACCACAUCAGCCAAUGGGAAUUAUUGCUGUGGCCAAGGAUACCAACAACUGUGAGCUGUCCCCAUGCCGACACAUGAACGGAGGCUGUGGUGACCUCUGCCUCCUCACCCCACACGGGAGGGUCAACUGCUCAUGCCGUGGAGAGCGUGUGUUGUUAGAUGACAACCGAUGUGUGUCAGAGAACUCCUCAUGCAACAUUUACACAGAAUUUGAGUGUGGGAACGGAGAGUGCAUCAGCUACCAGCUGACCUGUGAUGGAACCGCUCACUGCAAAGAUAAAUCGGAUGAGAAGAUGCAGUACUGUGACAACAGGAGCUGUCGGAGAGGUUUCAGACCCUGCUACAACCAACGGUGUGUGGCGAGUGGCCGCGUCUGCGACGGGAUCGAUGACUGCGGGGAUAACUCCGACGAAGCCUUCUGUAGCAAUGUCACAUGUGGCUCAUCAGAAUUAUCCUGCAAGGAUGGGAGCUGCGUACCAAGCUCAGCUUGGUGCAACCAGGUCAUUGACUGUGCCGAUGCAUCCGAUGAAAAAAACUGCAACCACACUGAGUGUUCUCACUUUUACAAGCUGGGAGUGAAGGAAAACAACUUUAUCAGCUGCAACUCCACAUCACUGUGCAUCCACCCAUCCUGGAUCUGUGAUGGUGCGAAUGAUUGUGGAGAUUAUGCUGACGAGACCAAUUGCCAGGUUUCCCAUGGACAGAAAUGCGAAGAGGGCCACUUUGCUUGUCCAAGUGGGAACUGCAUUUCUAGUGUUUGGCUGUGUGACGGCCAAAAAGACUGUGAAGAUGGAGCAGAUGAAUUCCAGUGUGACUCCUCGUGCUUGUGGAACCAGUUUGCCUGCUCGAAGAAUAAGUGCAUUGCAAAGCAGUGGCUGUGCGACGGAGAGAACGACUGCGAGGACGGUCUUGACGAGAGCACACAGAUCUGCGGGACGGUAACUUGUGCCCCAGGGCUCUUCAGCUGCCCCGGCUCAUACGCCUGUGUUCCAAAACGCUGGCUCUGUGAUGGGGAAAGAGACUGCCCUGAUGGGAGUGAUGAGCUUGCAGCAGCUGGAUGUGCACCCAACAACACAUGUGAGGACAGCUCGUUUCGCUGCCAGAAUAAGGCGUGCAUCCCCAAGCGAUUCGUCUGCGACCAUGAUAACGACUGUGGAGAUGGAUCUGAUGAGUCGGUGGAAUGUGUCUAUCGCUCCUGUGGAUCUGAGGAAUUUCGCUGUGGGGAUGGCCGCUGUCUUCUCAGCUCUCAGUGGGAGUGUGACGGCUACGCGGACUGUCCCGAUCACUCUGACGAACUGCCUCUCAACCUUAAAUGUCUUGCUGCAGGAAGCUUAUGCAAUGGCUCCUUCUUCAUGUGCUCCAAUGGCCGCUGCAUUUCUGAAGGGAAUCUGUGUGAUGGGAAGGAUGAUUGUGGAGACGGGUCAGACGAGAGGAACUGCAAUGUGAAUGAAUGCCUGAACCGCAGAGUCAGCGGAUGCACACAGGAUUGCCAGGAUCUCACCGUAGGCUACAAGUGUAAAUGCUGGCCUGGUUUCCACCUGAAAGAUGAUGGGAAGACUUGUGUGGAUAUAGAUGAAUGCUCCACCACCCUUCCCUGUAGCCAGCGCUGUAUUAACACCUAUGGGUCCUACAGAUGCCUGUGUGUGGAUGGUUACGAAGGCGUGGAUCGGAACCCAAACAUUUGCAAAGCUUUGUCAGCCGAGGAGCCCUUUCUCAUUAUGGCAGACCACCAUGAGAUCCGCAAACUCAGUGUGGACGGUUCCAAUUAUACCAUCCUGAAACAGGGUCUCUACAACAUCAUCCAUCUAGACUUUGACUACAAGAAGGAAUUUAUCUAUUGGGUGGACUCGACCAGGCCGAGUGGACGAAAGAUCAACAGAAUGCGCCUCAAUGGGAGUGACCUGAAGAUAGUCCAUAGGACAGCAGUGCCCAGCGCAUUAGCAGUGGAUUGGAUAGGAAAGAAUCUGUACUGGUGUGAUUCAGAAAAGAAAACCCUGGAAGUGUCCAAAGCCAAUGGCCUCUAUCCUACUAUCCUGAUCAGUUCUGGCCUGAACAGCCCUACAGAUCUAGCCCUGGAUCCUCAGACAGGGUAUGUGUUCUGGGUAGACUGUUGUGAACCUCCUCACAUUGGACGAAUCGGCAUGGAUGGCCGUGGGCAAACGGUUAUCAUUGACACAGAGAUCUAUAGCCCCACUGCUCUCACUAUUGACUACACCAACAAGAGACUCUACUGGGCAGACGACAACCACAUCCUUUUCGCCAACAUGGAUGGCACUCAAAGGCGCAAAGUGUCCUAUGAUCACAUCCAAGGAGUCAUGGCACUGACAUUGUUCGAGGACUUUGUGUAUUGGACGGAUGGCAAGUCCAAAUCCCUGCGACGCGCUCACAAGACUACUGGCGUUCAAGGGGUUGAGCUCCUCAACUCUUGGCAAGCAAUAAAAUCCAUCAAGGUUUACCACUCCCUGCGCCAGCCUGAGGUGCCCAAGCACCAGUGCCAGAUCGCAAAUGGCGGAUGCAGCCACUUAUGUCUCCUUUCCCCCGGUGGGGAACACAAAUGUGCCUGCCCCACAAAUUUUUACUUGGCCGCCGACAAUAGAACCUGCCUCUCCAACUGCACUUCCAGUCAGUUCCGCUGUGGGACAGAUGAGUGUAUUCCUUUCUGGUGGAAGUGUGACACGGUAGAUGACUGCGGGGAUGGUUCAGAUGAGCCUCCUGAUUGCCCGGAAUUCAAGUGUCAGCCCGGACGUUUUCAGUGUGGAACAGGCCUUUGUGCUCUUCCACCCUUCAUCUGCGAUGGAGAAAAUGACUGUGGUGACAACACAGACGAGGCGAACUGCGAGACAUACAUCUGUCUUUCGGGCCAGUUCAAGUGCACCAGAAAGCAGAAAUGCAUCCCGCUUAACCUGCGCUGCAAUGGUCAGGAUGACUGUGGUGACGGGGAGGAUGAAACAGACUGCCCUGAAAGCACCUGCUCCCCAGACCAAUUCCAGUGUAAGGCCUCCAUGCACUGCAUCUCCAAACUGUGGGUUUGUGACGAGGACCCCGACUGUGCAGAUGGGUCGGAUGAGGCUAAUUGUGAUGAAAAGACCUGCGGACCUCACGAAUUCCGCUGUGAGAAUAACAACUGCAUCCCCGACCACUGGAGGUGCGACAGCCAGAACGACUGCGGAGACGGCUCAGAUGAGGAGAACUGCAAGCCAGUCACCUGUAACCACAAGGACUUUGCCUGUGCAAAUGGAGAGUGUAUUUCCUCCCGCUUCCGCUGUGAUGGAGAUUACGACUGCUUGGAUAAUUCAGAUGAGAAAGGUUGUGAGGCGCGCUGUGCAGAUGACCAGUUUCAGUGUCACAAUAAUCUCUGCAUCUCAGUGAAGUGGCUCUGUGAUGGUCAAGAAGAUUGCAAGAUGGGGGAAGAUGAAAAAAACUGCCAGGGAACAGUGGUCCCUUCCUGCUCUGUAAAUGAGUAUGUGUGUGCCAGUGGAGGCUGUGUGUCGGCCAGCCUGCGGUGUGACGGACAUGACAACUGCCUAGAUGGCUCGGAUGAGAUCGGCUGUGUGAAGGAGUGCAGAGAGGAUGAGUUUCUGUGUCUGAACAGGGCUCACUGUAUCCCUCGGCGCUGGCGCUGCGAUGAUGUGUUGGACUGCAUGGAUCAUAGCGACGAAGAGAACUGCAACCACGGAGCUUUCUUCUGUCGGGCUGAUGAAUUCAUUUGCAACAACACCUUAUGCAAACUUCACACAUGGGUGUGCGACGGCAAGGAUGACUGUGGAGAUAACUCUGACGAAGAUGCAGACAUGUGCGCAAAACUUCCCUGCCCCCCCACAAGGCCAUUUCGCUGUAGAAACGAUCACGUCUGCCUACGCUCAGACCAAGUGUGCAACAAACUGGACGACUGUGGUGACAACUCGGAUGAAGAGGAGUGUGCAGAAGUGGUGGCUGGAAGACCUCGGCCUUGUGGGAAGACGGAGUUCACCUGCAGUAAUCGGCGGUGCAUCCCGAUGCAGCUCCAGUGCGACCUCUUCAACGACUGCGGGGAUGGCGGCUCAGACGAGCAGGACUGCAAGUCGCUUUCCAGUGGAGAUGUAUGCGGGAAGAAAACAAACCUGUGCGGGGAGGAUGCAAUCUGCAACCAGACAAAUGUAAAUGCUAUAUGCCAGUGCAAACCCGGCUUUAAGAGGAACCAGAAAACAGGCCAGUGUGAAGAGAUAAAUGAGUGUCUGCAAUUUGACACAUGUCCUCAUUACUGCACAAACACAAAGGGAUCUUUUAAAUGCACAUGUGAUCGGAAUUUUAAGGAGAUCAAUAAUAACUGCAUAGCAAGAGGACCAGAGGAUCGAGUGCUCUUCAUAGCAAAUGACACUGAAAUCCGAAGUUUUGUGCAUCCAUAUAACCAGAGCCUCGGAGUCAAACUGCUCACUCAUAUUGAAGACAAUGCACGUAUAAUAGGGAUGGAUGUUCUGUUUCAUCACCAAAAGUUUAUCUGGGCCACACAGUUCAACCCCGGUGGAAUUUUUUACAAGGAUUCCCUUGAAAGAAGCCAAUCUAAAUCAAAUACCAGGAACAUUUGUUCAGAUUUCCGUCGCCCCAGAGAUAUUUCUGCUGACUGGAUCACAGGCAACAUUUAUUGGACGGAUCACUCUCGGAUGCACUGGUUCAGCUAUUACACAGCCCACUGGACUAAAUUACGAUAUUCCAUAAAUGUUGGCCAACUUAAGGGACCAAAUUGCACCCGCUUGAUUACAGACAUAGCAGGAGAGCCAUAUGCCAUUGCUGUAAACCCAGCCAGAGGAAUGAUGUACUGGAGUGUUAUAGGUGAUCAUUCUCAUAUAGAGGAAUCAGCCAUGGAUGGAUCACUGCGCAGAGUACUCUUGGAGAAAAAUCUCAACAGGCCCACUGGGCUGGCGAUUGAUUACUUCAACCAGCGUAUUUACUGGGCUGAUCCUGAGCUCUCGCACAUAGGAAGCAUGAGAUUGGAUGGCUCAGACCCCCUGGUGACAAUCAGUGACAGACACGGAAUCUCUCAGCCAUACAGAAUCGAUUUAUUUGAGGACUACAUCUAUGGAACGGGACUAAAACACGAGGUCUUCAAGAUUCACAAGUAUGGCAAACAUUCUGGGGAAUUCCUCAAUUUGGGAGUAGAGAGGCCCACUAAUGUUUUCAUCUCCCACCGUUACAAACAGCAAGACGCGCCAAACCCGUGCCUGAGGAUGUCCUGUGAUUUCAUGUGUCUGCUCAAUCCAACUGGGGCCAGAUGUGCCUGUCCAGAGGGGAAGGUAGUGGUCAAUGGCACCUGCAGUGACGUCAACACCUCAGGUGAACUGUGUCGCCCCCCGUGUGAGAACGGAGGCCGCUGCUUGGCUAAUGAGAAGGGGGACUGGAGGUGUUAUUGCUGGCCCGACUUUUCGGGGGAGCGCUGUGAGGUCAAUCACUGCACAGACUACUGCCUAAACGGAGGCACCUGCAUGGGCUCACCACUGGGGAAGCCUACAUGCCGCUGCCCUGUUGGAUUCUCUGGGCCUUUCUGCGAGAAGAGGAUUUGUGACAAUUACUGUUUAAAUGGCGGGACAUGUGAUGUCACUCAGGGAAAUCAGCCAGUGUGCCGCUGUAUGGCAGAAUACACCGGGGACCGCUGUCUUCACCACAUCUGCCAUCACUACUGCGUGAACUCUAAGGCCUGCACGUUAUCCAGCAGCGGCUACGUGGAGUGUGUGUGCCCCGCCAGGUUUGAGGGAAACAAGUGCGAACUGGACAAGUGUCUCCGCUGCCACGGAGCUCCCUGCCUCAUUAACGAAGAAUCGGGAGAUGUGGUUUGCAACUGCACAAAUGGCAGAAUAGCGCCAAGCUGUCAGCUGUGUGACGGAUAUUGCUACAAUGGAGGUACCUGUCACCUGGACCCUGACACCAGCCUGCCUUUCUGUCACUGCACAUCAGGGUUCAAGAACCAACGUUGCGAUGAGCGGGCCAACCCCUGCGAUUACUUCUGUCAGAAUGAGGGGAUGUGCACAUUAACAGCUCUUAACAAACCUCGCUGCAAGUGUUCAGCCAACUGGGCGGGAACACAGUGUGAGAGACCUGCCCCUAAAAGCAGCAGAUCAGACAAUACUAGUGGAGGGAGCAUCGCUAUCAUUGUGCCUCUGGUCCUGUUGGUAGUCCUGAUUGUGAUGGUGGUAGUAGGCGUUUACAUCUGUAGACGAAGGCAAAGGGGAAAACGGGUCCAGAGGCAGCCCAUGACAAACGGAGGAAUAAAUGUGGAGAUUGGAAACCCGUCUUACAACAUGUAUGAGGUGGACCAUGACAACCAUGCUGAUGCAGGCAGCCUGCUGCGGCCCAACUUUACACUGGACCCUCACAAGGGCUGGUGUGUAAAAUCCAGCGACCCUCACACCUUGGGCAUGAAUUCAGUGCCCAAGGAGGUAAUCCCUGGACAGCCGAUGAACUACUCCAACCCAGUGUAUGCAAAGAUCUAUAUUGAUGGGCAAAACUGCCGGAAGCCAGUCAUCAGUAUUGACGAGAGGAGAGAGCUACUCCCAAAGAAACUAGAAGGGACAAUUCACGAAACCGCCGCAUAG